AGCUAUGGCAUCCUCCAAGAAGACUGUUCUCAUCACCGGCAGCACUCGUGGCAUCGGUCUCGCCUUCGCCGAGCACUACAUUAAGGCUGGUUGGAACGUCAUCGGCACAGCGCGCGUCAACAGCAACACGGAAAAGCUGAAAGCACUCGCCCCCUUCAAGAUCGUCACUAUGGACACGAGCGACGAAGCUACUAUCCUCGAGGCAGCCCGCCAGCUGGAGGGCCAACCCAUUGACCUGCUUAUUAACAAUGCUGGUAUUGGUCUCCCUGGCGAACUCACGUCCACUACCAAGGCCUCAUUCAUGCGUCAGUUCGAGGUGAACACUAUCGGCCCAUUCCUCGUGACGCGGUCGCUGUUGCCCAAUCUACAGCUAGCGGCAAAGGCCCACGGCGCCGCCUAUGUUGUGCAGCUAUCCUCCUUUGUGGGCAGUAUCGGCAGUAUCACGAAUGAAACUGCGGCCAUGUUCAAGGAUGCCCUGUACGGAUACGGGUCGUCUAAGGCCGCUCUUAACAUGAUCACUCGUGCGCUGGCUGUAGAGCUGAGUGCGAGCAAUAUCGUGGUCGUAUCGGUGCACCCUGGAUAUGUGGACACGGACAUGACACAGGGCAAGGCUACGCUGAAGCCUGCGGACAGUGCAGAGGCCAUGGCCAGCUUCAUCUCCAACCUGAAUCCUGAAAGUACCGGCAAGUUCUUCAACUUGGAUCCGCAAAUGCCUGUGGCUGAGCUUCCCUGGUAACUUAACAGGUAAGCGACAACAAGCGCAGCUCGGUGAAACAAACGGCCUCUCUUCUGCUCUCAGGAUUGCAUAAGUGCUUUAAUGAAAAGCCUAACGACGUACAAUGGAUAUCACAUGCUUCGCUCGAAGAAAACCGAGUAAUCUUGCUGAAUACUACUACUAGUACUUCCCCAGGCUACGUUCUUCAGCGCUCAAUUCAUCUUGGACACAUGUGCGACUUAAGAUGUCUGCAUUAGUGUCGGUGAGAUAGAUACUGAUGUUUCUCAUUAUGCGUGGGCUUCUCCUAAUAUUGUACGUGAGUAUUUCUCUCGCUAUUCCCCUUGCAGCGAUCGAAUAUCUCAUCAAGAUAAACUACCGAAAUGCAC